AUGACAUCACCGCACAAGGUUCUUAAGCACCUGGACAAUUCUAUAAUGAAGGCAACCAAAAAUGUUACCCAUAACCCGAAAAUGGAAGAAACCCUAUAUCAAAUGUCAAAAGAUCUAGUAUCAGCUAUACUUUCGAAGCUCGAGAUCCAAGAUAAAUUAACAAGAAUCACCAGGGAAGCAUUAGAUGCUCCGGGGAAGACGAAAGGUAUGACAGCUAUAGAAACUAGACGAAUUUUGGAUUAUAUAUCAAGGACUUUGUCUGGCCACAUUCUCACUAUCACAAGAGCAUCAACAGAACCCGAGUUGCAUAGACUGGUGUAUGGCUUAGCACAGAUAGCAGCGGAGGUGUCUAUCGUAUCUGCAUUGAAAGAUAUAACUUAUGCUUCGGCCUUAUCUAAAAAGCAAUCAGUCGAUCUAUCCCUUAGGAAAAAGAGAUCAAUAAACGACAAUAAAGUUCUUUCAACACCAAGAUCUGUGCACACUACAAUAUACGACAUUAUCUUAAAUAAACCACCCGCAACACGAAAUAACUUUUCUACCGAAGUUCCAAUAAUUAAAAUACAAAACUUUACGAGAUUCUCUGUAAAUCUAAAAAGGACUCCAUUAAAUAUACUUCAAAGUAAAAAAAGAGUCCUAACAUCACCUCCGAAAGGAUUUUUAAAUCAAACCGUUUUGGAUUCAUUGGUUAAUGAUGACAUUAAGGAAACAGAAGCAAUUGUAGUCCACAAUAAACUAAACUCGUCUCAAUUGGUCACUCAAGAUAGUCAAACACUCGAUACACAAGAAAUGAAUGCACCAAGUCUUAUAGAUGACUGGAUCGAUCCUAAAGACAAGAUCUACACACUAAAUCCAGAUGUUAUAGCCGAAAUGGAAAUAGACCAACCCGAAACGGAAGACAAUGUUGCUAAUGAGAAGAAGACCAAACAGAGACUCGAAAGGUUAGAGAUCAAAGCCAAAAAAGCAAUUUUGUAUGCUGGAGAUGUUGCAUACUUAACAGCGGCUAGUGUAGUUGCUAUGAGACGCGCGCUAACAGCGUCUAUUGAGGUUCAGAUGUCAGUGAAGUAUGCUAAAAAUGGCAUGUCGAACCACCAGGAUCUCAUGAUGAAUUUAGCAAAAACAGCCGCUCAACAAGCUGGUAAAGAAGCGAAAAGCGCUACUUCUAAAUCUCUCGCAUGCGAAAAGGUAAUUAAACUAGCUUUAAAAUAUACUGCGCAAUCAAAGGGAGCACAAUUGAAUCACGUUGCUAAUAGAGUCGUAAUGGAUACGUUGUCGUUAGCUACACUCGCUAAAUCAAUGGCUUUCGUGUCAUCUGACAUCGCUAUUAAUUCGUUGUAUCAGGCCACAGAUGUAAAACCACCAUCGUAA